CAAUUUUCCAACCAAAAACAAGAUUAGAAUAUAGAGAGAGAAAGAGCCUGGGAGUCUCUCUCGUCGUCUCUCUCGCUGUACGAAACCCUAGUUUUCUCCGUCUCUCUGUACAGGUCCUCGGUUUCCGUGUAAUUCGUCGUUCUUCCAUUUCAAUCUCUCAAAAAGUUUUCAUCUUUAUCAAAAUCGAGUUAAUUUCACUUGAUUCUGUACACAAAAUGAUCGAUAAAACGGCCUUUCAUCUCUUUAAGCACUGAAAAUACAUAUAAUUAGAGUCGUGUAUAUAUUAUUUGUGACUAAUAUGAUCAGAGAUCGAGGCGGUGGAUCUUCAAAGUCGGAGGUGGUUGGAGGAGCAUUAGAUCGAAAGAGAAUCAACGAUGCGUUAGAUAAGCAUUUGGAGAAGGCGUCGGCGAAUUCUAGGCUUUUGAAUCUCAAGGAGAGGGAGCGCCUUUCGAUUCCGUCUACUUCGGCUGCUGGAAGUAGCAAGUCACAGUACGAUAAUCGAGCUUCGGUGAAUCUCAAUUUGAAGAAUAAAUGCGCUGAUGAAGAAUCUGAAUCAGAUAGUGAAGAGUCUGAUGUCAGUGGGUCUGACGGGGAGGACACAUCAUGGAUUUCAUGGUUUUGCAAUUUGAGAGGAAACGAAUUUUUUUGUGAAGUUGAUGAUGAUUAUAUUCAAGACGACUUCAAUCUCUGCGGUUUAAGCAGCCAAGUUCCAUACUAUGAUUAUGCACUUGAUCUGAUAUUGGAUGUCGAGUCUUCUCAUGGAGAUAUGUUCACUGAAGAACAAAAUGAAUUGAUUGAAUCAGCGGCGGAAAUGUUAUAUGGUCUGAUACAUGUCCGGUACAUACUGACCAGCAAAGGAAUGGCUGCAAUGUUAGAAAAGUACAAGAACUAUGACUUUGGGAGGUGCCCAAGAGUUUAUUGCUGCGGACAACCCUGCCUUCCAGUUGGUCAAUCAGACAUUCCACGAUCAAGUACUGUAAAAAUAUACUGUCCUAAAUGUGAAGAUAUCUACUACCCUCGAUCCAAAUACCAAGGCAAUAUUGAUGGGGCAUACUUUGGAACCACGUUUCCUCAUCUGUUUCUGAUGACCUACGGGCACCUCAAGCCACAAAAAGCAAAUCAAAGCUAUGUCCAGAGAGUGUUUGGUUUCAAGCUACACAAGCCAUGACAAUCUAUCUACGAACAGCAUUAUGUUCAGACUGGAGGGCAGUUUUCAACUUGUUUGUAUGAUGUAGAAGUGGUCUUAACUAGGCAGGGGCAGAUUGUGGUUCUUUCAAGAUAAAAAUAUAUUUGUUGAUGACAAUUUUCUCCUCCGUUAAGCAAAAUCUCUUUACCAAAUAUCUAUGAAUGUAGUGAGCAGUUGUAAGCUAAUUCUAGUUUUUCAGAGGAAACUCUUGCUUUUGAACAAAGACAGACAACAAGAGAAAUCAUGUUGCUUGAACUAUAUUUCCUUCUCAUUCCUGUAAUCAGUAUACAUUAUUUGCUUUUUUUGUGGA